AGCAGCAGCAGCCAUUUUAGCUGCACAGGACACGGCUUUCCCUUCAAGCAUAGAGCCCAUGAGGCGAGCUGACAGUUAGCCAUCCGCUUACAUCUGGAGCAGGCUGGCGGUGAAAGUACAGGUGCCAUGGUCACGCUGAAUCACUUGAGUGUAGAGGCCCCAGACGACGGCUCUCCACUCUUGCCCGAGGCUGCGGAGGCUGCAACACCAACGCCUCUCCUUUACCGGCAGCAAUUGAUCGCAGAGACUGACUCCAGGGAAUUCUCCCUUGGCAGGAGUAAAAACCUUGCCUUCAGUCUGGUGCUGCUCAUUGGAUGCUACUCAGCUAUUCUGAUCCCUGCAUAUCUCCCCUUGGAUAUAGUGGCAGCUCUCAAUGAGGACAACCAUCAUCCUGAAGAUCUGGUCUUACUCAAUAAAUCAGCCUCCCUGCUUUCAGGCCCCUGUCAGCCUCGCUGGUGCCUGAACCACCUCAAGUCCUUGUCAUGUUCUGCAGGCCUCCAAGACAUCCCUGUGUUUGUGCAGCAGGAACGAUCUGUGCCUUGGGAUCUGUCCCCUCCUCUGGGGCUCCGGGGCAGUGAGAAGCAUCUGGCCCUUGCUCUUUCAUGUCUGCCUCAGCCCGGCCUGCCUCCGUCACUGAGUGACGUCAACUGCAGGCGAUGCGUGGUGGUGGGCAAUGGAGGGGUUCUACACGGGAGCCAUCUUGGAUCCCAUAUAGAUCAGUAUGACAUCAUCAUCCGGCUGAAUAAUGCGCCAGUGUUUGGCUAUGAGAAAGACGCUGGUUCUCACACCACCAUCCGCCUGAUUUACCCAGAGGCAGCGCCCCACGCCCCAAAUGAAUACAAAAAUACCACCAUGGUUGCUCUGGUGGUCUUUAAGAGCCUGGACCUGGACUGGCUCACAUCUGUCAUCACCAAACAGCCUCUGAGCUUCUGGUCCAAAAUGUGGUUCUGGAGGGAGGUAGUGGAUGAUAUUCCACUGAGACCGGAGAACUUCAGGAUCCUCCACCCGGAGAUUAUUCACAAAACAGGACAAGUCCUUCAGAAAUAUGCCCAGAAACCAGGAAACAUGGUGCCAACACUGGGCACCAGUGCGUUGGUGAUGGCUUUACAGCUGUGUGACCAGGUGAGCCUGGCAGGUUUUGGCUACGACAUGCAGCACCCGGAGGCCAGGCUUCACUACUAUGAGACCAUCCGCAUGGACGCAAUAAAGGCUCAGGUGGUGCAUGACGUUAAUGCUGAGAAACUCUUCUUGAGGGACCUGGUGGCUGCAGGAGCUGUGACAGACCUCACAGGAGCUCUGUGAGUCAGUGACUAAUAAUGUACUGAACUCAACAUGCACUCCUUCCUCCCACUGGCAGCCUGUGUGGAGUCCUGCACAACCAUGCGCUGCUGGAAGAAUCCUAUGAACUGACCUUUAAAAUACAGUCUCCAGGGUUGGCUGUAUAGUGAGCAAAUUAAAAAGGUUGGACAAGCUCAUGAUUGGUGGAACUUAACCUAACAUAUCUAGUAAAUUGAAUGAACCUAUUGUCAUCACUAGCUGUCACGCAUAUAGUAAAUUGUCCUAUGGAUGAAUAAUUGUGUUAUCACACACCAUCAGCGAAUGACUUGCCUGCUUUGUCAAAUUCAUAUGAAGGUUCAAUGGUUCGAAUAGUGAUGUUUAAAUUCUGUUAAAAAUGACUCAAUAAACAAAUUAAUGUGAGAA